AUGACUGCUGGUUAUACUCUGAAGGGCUCAGGGCGCUUACCUAAAUCCAUCGAAGGCUACUAUCAAGAAACUGGAAGAGCUGGACGAGAUGGGAAUCCGUCUUACUGCCUUUUAUUGUACAGCUACCAAGAUGCAAUAAGGCUAAGAAGAAUGAUCGAGGCACCAGCUAGCGUGCGCUCAAUGCAUCUACAGAACAUCUAUCAAGUGGUCUCAUACUGUGAAAACAUCUCGGUUUGUAGGAGAAAAAUUCUUGUGGAACAUUUUGGUGAGGUUUAUGAUGCUCAAAUGUGUCUCAAGAGUAAUACACCAUGUGAUGUUUGCCAGAGGCAUAAACACCAUCCUGAUGGUGUUAAACUUUUUGAUGUUUCUGAAGAAGCACUUUUGAUUUUGACAGCAAUGACAAGGAUGAGGAAUGUUACUUUGAGAUAUCUUGCUGAAUUGUUCCAUGGGCAACUGAAUAAGAAAGAUGCAGAACAAGCCAUGCGUUUGGGGCAUACGGCUUUGCCAUUUUAUGGGCGAGGUAUAGGGAUGUCAGAUCAGGACUCCUUGCGUUUUCUGAGAAGGAUGGUGAGAUUUUUAGUUGCUGUUUGA